AGCAUCCAGAUAGCUAAAUUGGUAAAGAUGAGAAAAGAGAUUUUUGAUGAAAUAGAAAAACUCAACUCCCAGAGGACCAUUUGGACAAAGAUACGUACCAGCACAUUCUGGGAAGAAGAAGUUAUGCAAAACAAUAAUGAACAUUUUAAGCAACACUUUAGAAUGUCUCGGGAUACCUUCGAAGUUCUAUGCAAUGAAGUCAGAAACUUAGAGAAGCACGACACACGUUACAGGAAGUCUAUUCCACUGAGAAAAAGAGUAGCCAUAGCUAUCUAUACUCUUGGCUCAUCUGCGGAGUAUAGAACCAUUUCGGCUCUUUUUGGUGUAGGCAUAUCGACAGUUUAUAUUAUCUUAAAAACUUUUUGUAAAGAAGCCUGGCGUGUCCUUCACCCUAAAUAUCUAUGUGCUUAUCCACUCACUUCAGACAUUAUAAAAGAAAAUGUAGAUGGCUUUCAAAAGCUUGGUUUCCCCCAAUGUUUUGGAGCUAUAGAUGGUUGUCAUAUAGAGAUUCAACCCCCUUCACAAGAUGCUGUCGAUUAUUAUAAUUAUAAAGGAUGGUACUCGAUGGUUUUAUUGGCUAUAGUUGAUUAUCAGUUAGAAUGA